CGCAAGAGAGCUUCUGCGUCCUCUGGCUGUUUGAUUGCACGACUGUCGCGGGUUGUUAUUAAGCGGUUAAGCGCCAUGCAGGAGCUUUUUGACGUCUUUGAAGAUGCUCCAGCAUCCGGAGCUACGUCGACUCACCCUGUGAUACCUCGAGCAAAGAAGGAUACAACCAAGAAGAGACAGGCGAAUGGAGAAGUCAAGCAGAAUACGCCCAUUGCGGAUGUGAAUGGAGCUGAGCAGCCAUCUGGAGACUCGGCACAAAAUGAGAGCGAGGCGUUUGCUGAAUUCGAGGCCGAACAACCCGAGGCGAAGCGACCCAGAGUCGAGCCCGAGCCCGUUGUCGCCGACACCUUCGAAACAGAGCAGUCCCGUGAAAUUGCGGCCUCGGCUGGGUUACAGCCAGCCCAAGAGGGCGCUGCUGUCGUCCUUUCGCAUCAAGUCCGACAUCAGGUUGCUCUGCCGCCGAAUUACCCCUACGUGCCUAUCUCCCAACAUAAGCCGCCUGAGACACCAGCCAGGACGUGGCCGUUCAAGCUUGAUCCCUUCCAGCAAGUAUCCAUCGCAUCCAUCGAACGAGGUGAAAGCGUUCUUGUUUCCGCUCAUACCAGUGCCGGAAAAACUGUCGUCGCUGAAUAUGCUAUCGCCCACUGCCUGAAGAACAAUCAGAGAGUCAUAUACACAAGUCCUAUCAAAGCGCUAAGCAAUCAGAAGUACCGAGAGUUUGCAUCUGAAUUCGGGGAUGUAGGGUUGAUGACUGGCGAUGUGACAAUUAACCCAACGGCAACUUGCCUCGUCAUGACCACAGAGAUUUUACGCUCCAUGUUAUAUCGCGGAUCCGAGAUAAUGCGAGAAGUGGCGUGGGUAGUCUUUGACGAGAUCCAUUAUAUGCGAGAUAAAACCCGUGGUGUUGUUUGGGAAGAAACGAUCAUCCUUCUCCCUGAUAAGGUCCGCUACGUAUUCCUUUCCGCUACGAUUCCCAAUGCCAUGCAGUUCGCCGAAUGGAUCACGAAGACCCAUAGCCAACCAUGCCACGUUGUGUAUACCGAUUUUCGACCCACUCCCCUUCAGCAUUACCUUUUCCCUGCAGGUGGGGAAGGCAUUUUCCUGGUAGUCAACGAGAAGGGAAAUUUCAAGGAGGAAAAUUUUCAAAAAGCUAUGGGCGCAAUUGCGGAUAAAAAAGGAGAUGACCCCGCGGACGCAAAUGCACGCGGAAAAGGGAAGGGGAAAAAUAAAAAGACGAAUAAAGGGGGCGAAAAGGGUCCGUCCGAUGUGUUUAAGAUCGUGAGAAUGAUCAUGAUGAAAAGCUAUAAUCCGGUUAUUGUGUUCAGCUUCAGCAAACGUGAAUGCGAGGCGCACGCCUUAACCCUGAAAAAUUUAAGCUUCAACGAUGACUCCGAGAAGGAAAUGGUUACCAAGGUGUUCAAUAGUGCUAUUGAGAUGCUCUCGGACGAGGACAAAAAGUUGCCGCAGAUCGAGAAUAUACUUCCGCUCCUUCGACGUGGAAUCGGUGUGCAUCACUCCGGCUUGCUGCCAAUCCUCAAAGAAACUAUCGAGAUUUUGUUUCAGGAAGGCCUCAUCAAAGUCUUGUUCGCUACGGAGACGUUCUCCAUCGGAUUGAACAUGCCGGCGAAGACAGUGGUUUUCACAAACGUCCGAAAAUUUGAUGGGACCAGUCAGCGAUGGUUAACGCCUUCAGAGUUCGUGCAAAUGUCGGGUCGUGCAGGCCGUAGAGGCCUUGAUGACCGCGGAAUUGUCAUCAUGAUGGUCAACGAGGAGAUGGACCCAACUGUGGUAAAGGAAAUAGUCCGUGGUGAACAGGACAAACUUAACUCGGCAUUCUACCUGGGCUAUAACAUGAUUCUCAAUUUGCUAAGAGUGGAAGGGAUAUCUCCAGAGUUCAUGUUGGAGCGCUGUUUUGCGCAGUUCCAGAGCGCAUCCAGUGUUGGAACAUUGGAGAAAGAACUUGAGGAUCUGGAAAAUCAGCGGGAAAAUAUGACCAUUUCUGACGAAGGCACGAUUCGAGAGUAUUACGAUUCACGACAACUUUUGGCUACGUAUAACGAUGAAAUGCGAAUAACGAUGUGCAGACCAACUUAUUGUCAGCGCUUCCUCGACCCUGGGCGGCUUGUUCAUGUUCAACAUGGAAAAAUCGAUUUUGGCUGGGGCUUGGUUGUCAAUUUUCAACAGCGCAAACCUCCCAAGAAUGUCUUGGAAGAAUAUCCACCACAUGAAAGCAUUAUAGUAGACGUGCUUUUAGACAUUUGCGAGAAUGCAUCAUUCCACAUGACAGGGGACCAGACAUUACCUCCCGGAGUCCGACCUGCCAGGAAAGGCGAGAAGUCUACUAUGGCAGUGGUCCCCGUCGUCUUAAGCUGCAUUCAGGCAUUUUCCACAGUGAAAGUCACGCUACCCAAAGAUUUAAAGUCUGCCGAAUCAAAGAAAUACACAAAAAAGAUUCUUACUGAGGUCCAACGGCGAUUCCCAGAUGGCGUUGCGGUGUUGGAUCCCAUUCAAGACAUGGGAAUCAAAGAGGAGCCAUUUAAGAUGACAAUGAGGAAAGUCGAAGUUGUCGAGGCACGUUUAUUAUCAAAUCCCCUCCACAACUCUCCGCGGCUGCCGGAAUUGUACGAUCAAUAUGCGACAAAGGUGGAGUUAGUCAACAAGAUUAAGGAAACGAAGCGGAAGAUUUCAGACGCAAUGUCGAUUAUUCAGCUUGAUGAAUUAAAAUGUCGAAAGCGCGUUCUGCGCCGGUUCCAGUUCAUCAAUGCAUCCGACGUUGUGCAGCUGAAGGCCCGAGUUGCUUGCGAAAUUAGCAGCGGUGACGAACUGAUGCUGAGCGAGCUGCUGUUUAAUGGUUUUUUCAACACCCUUACGCCCGAGCAGUGUGCAGCAGUGCUGAGUGUCUUUGUUUUCGAGGAGACAGCAAAGGAAACUCCGGCUAUAACGAACGAGGAGCUUGCAAAACCACUUCGCGAAAUUCAAGCACAGGCAAGAACCGUUGCAAAAAUUGCACAAGAAUCGAAACUUGCAGUGAAUGAAGAGGAGUAUGUGCAGAGCUUCCGGUGGGAACUGAUGGAAGUCAUCUAUAAGUGGGCCAAAGGUGGCUCGUUUGCAGAAAUAUGCAAGAUGACCGAUGUCUACGAAGGCAGCUUGAUUCGAACAUUCCGUAGGCUAGAAGAGUGUAUGAGACAGAUGGCACAGGCUGCAAAGGUGAUGGGCAGCAGCGACCUGGAGUCUAAAUUCGAAGCCUCACUAUCGUUAGUGAAACGUGAUAUUGUCGCGGCCCAGUCUUUGUAUCUAUAA